AUGUCACUGGAGGAUAAGAGAAUUACGGGUGAGCUCAUAUUAAACAAAUGGACAAACAUACGCGACACUUUCGUCAAGACCCUAAAGAUUAAAAUGGGCAAGCCCAAGAAAAAAUACCUUUUCCAUGACCACUUGAAAUUCCUAACGAAGGUAACGCGCGAGGAGGAAUGCCCUGUCGAAUACAAUGUUGAUGUGCCCCUAUCGUUUUUCAAAAUGGAAAGAGAGGAAAGGGUUAGAUCUAACGGCCACAGCAGGAAAAGGGCACGGCAUACAGAAGACGAGGAAGAGGGGAGGACGCCAGCCAGAGAAUUGGAUCAAAACAGCGACAUGGAUCUGACGUACGUCGAUGAAACAAACGACCCGAGGGUCAUGAACGAAGACGAAGCAUUUUUUGCAUCGCUCCUGCCAACCGUUGUGAAAUACAACGAAGAUGAGAGGCUAGAGUUUAGAAUGGAAGUACUUGGCGUAAUGAAAAGUAUAAAAGAGAAAAGAAAGUGGCACGAGGACAAC